UCGUCUUACUGCCAGUCCUUUCUAGGCAAGCACACAGUCAACUACAACUUGUCAUCUGUGGCAGAGCGUAUCAGGUUUCUACAGGACCGUGAGAGUCACACACGCCCCUCACUGAAUAGCUGGAAAUCAGAGAGCCAGACUGUCCUUCACUGUCCAGCAAGAAAGGACGCAUCCAGACAGUUUUCACCAUGAGGUGAUCAAUCUGUGAUCCCAUUUUUUUCUGGCAAGUCAUCCCCAAGUCACCUCCCCUGUAGACAUGGAGUUAUACAACAGCAUGCGAGGGCAGCAGGGCAGCGCUUGGACAUUAAGGGUAGGAGUAAGUGUGCUACUGCUCGGCCUGAGUCUGGCUCAAAGCAUCCCUCCACCAGCUGCAUGUGGAGCUGCUGUUUCCCCGCAGAACCUCCCUGAGUACCAGUACCAGGACACAGCAGAGGGUGACAACAGCGGCUUUCUGUCUGCUUUUGUCCAGUCUUUUCUCCACACAGUGCAGCCUAACCCUUUCCCUAAAGAUCUUGUCCUAAACGUCAUCCAGGAUAUGAACCAAGUGCUGUCAAAUGAGAACCUUGUCAGAGAAGUCUUGGUCUAUGAAGUGGGAUUCCUGGUUUGUGCAGCCAUCGGUGUUCUCUACAUCGUUCUCAUGCCCAUCAUCGGCUUCUUCCUGGCGUGCUGCCGCUGCUGCGGAAACUGUGGCGGGAAGAUGUACCAGAAGCAGACGUCCUCCAUGGACUGUCGCAGGAGAACUCUCUACUGGAGCGCUUUCAUCACCACAGCCAUUAUCUUUGCUGGGAAUAUAUGCAUGUUCAGAAGUAAUGAAGCCCUCAAAGUGACUGUGGACCAGACUUCAGAGGAACUCAGCAAAACUUUGGAUAACGUCAACACCUUCCUCACAUCUGUGCCUCAGGAAGUGAGCCAUGUGCUGAAUGAAAGCUACAAAACCAUAGAGGAGGUUACCAGGAACCUAGACACUAUUGGACCUCAGCUGGGAAAAGAGAUCCAGGAGCAGUUCAGAGGAACUCUGGAGCCUGCGCUGAACUCAGUGAGACUUCUGAACGAUGAUACCGAAGACUCCAGCAUUCAACUGAACAAGCUGAACUCAUCCCUGGCUGAGCUGCAGUCCAACGUGGAUCGCCUCCAGGCCAAUGUCACUGCUGUUAGAGAUCGCAUCAAUCAAACUUUAUCCAAUCCAAACUGCAAUGGCUGUAAAAACCUGCUGCCUGAGCUGCAGAAACUUGAUACACUGGACACCACCAUCAAUAUUCCCAACGUGAAUGAGCUGCAGUCGGCAGUAGAUGAAGUCAUGAAAAUUAACCUCGCAUCCAAAAUCCAGGAGGUGGAGGAUUAUUUUAACAGCAUACCUCAGAGAGUGACAAAUGACACCAAGGAUGUGGUUCAAAGUAGCAAGACACUUCUGGAUGACAUUAAAGCACAGCUCUCACAGAUUACCAAUGACAUCCCUCUCUCUACUCUGGAUGACAUUUCUGGAACUCUAGACGGAGUGCAGAGAGACUUUGACAAGCUCACCCCACAAGUCGUGGAAGGGGAGCGAAUAAGAUGGGGUGUUGGUGUGGCUCUGUGCUGCCUCGUCCUCCUGGUGGUGGUAUGCAACAUCUUAGGUCUGCUGCUCGGCCCUCUGGGUCUGAGUCCAAAUGCAGACCCCACGAAGCGAUCAUGCACAGCAGACUGUGGGGGCACCUUCCUCAUGAUGGGAGCAGGUUUCAGCUUUCUUUUCUCCUGGCUGUUCAUGAUCCUGGUGCUGGUGUUGUUCCUGCUGGGUGGAAACAUUUACACUCUGGUGUGCCAACCCUGGAACAACGGACAACUGCUAAAGCUCAUUGAUACUCCAGGUUUAAUCCCAGGGUUUGAGUUUGGUCCAAAUUUGGGACUAAACUCUAGACUCAAUAUCUCUGAUAUCUACAGAGACUGUGAGCAAAACAAACCAUUGUGGACAACCCUUCACCUGAAUGAGAUUAUAAACCUAGAGGAGCUACUCAAUGUGUCAAAAUACACUGACCAGAUCCAGCAGUUCUUCGAUAGCACAGAAAUCACUCUGUCCACUCUCACUCUGCUAAGCCCUGAGGUUAAAAACCAGCUCAGCAGCUUCUCCAGCAAGGCUCAAGACUUUGACUCCAUCAAUAUCUCAGAGCAGAUGAAAAAUGUUUCCAGAAUUAAUCUGAACACAACGGCAGAUAAACUUGACCAACUAGCUGACCAACAAACGGAUGAUGGUGUUAAAAAAGAGCUUCAGAAUGAAGCCAGAAACCUGAGGCAGAUCCAGGCUGACAUAGAAACAACUAUCAUCCCUCAAAUGGAAAGCAUCAACUUGAGCAUCACAGACCUUCGAUCCAUGGCAGAGAAAAUCAAUGGAACAGUGGGGGAGGUGCUGAGCUACGUGGGAGCAGCACAAGACUUCCUGAACACAAAUACAACUCAGAUCAUCAAGACCGAAAGCAAAAAGUUUUCAGACUGUCAGCUGAGUUACUUCAUUGUUUAUGCUGACUGGGCCAAGCUCACGAUCACUCUGAAUUUGGGCCGCUGUGGGCCGGUAGCGGAUGCUGUGGACUCAGCUGAGUAUCUCCUCUGCUUAAACAUUGUCGAGUCUUUGAAUGCAUUCUGGUUCAGUCUGGGCUGGUGCAUGAUCUUCUUCAUCCCCAGCAUCAUCUUCUCCAUCAAACUAGCAAAGUACUACAGGAAAAUGAAGUACUCUGAUGUCUUUGACGAGGGCCUAACCAUGAGUAACAUCCCCCGGGCCCAGAUGAAAUUCACCUGAGAGGACGGCAUAUGUGCCAAACAGCUUUAAAGACUGCAGGCACAAAUGCUGCAUAACUUGACCAAAGACACAUGGUGCACUCCUGCGCAGAUGUGGCACGCUGUCACUCUGGUGGGAAAAAUCCUCAGAGUGAAGAAAUCCUACAUUACAUUUCAUACACCACACAGCAUUUCUGAAAUGACCUCAGGAACACACAGGGCAUAAGGGAAUCUUCAGGGACUUUUUGUAUUUUGAAAGCUCUUUCAAAGGGAUUAAUUUGUUGUAUUAUUACAUCAAUAUUUUCUAUGUAUUUAAUGUUUGAACUGAGCUGCUGCAUGAAUCGGAGGAGUUUGUCUGACAUUUCAAACUUUAAAGCUAAUUUAGUGAAGAACUGAUCAUAAUUAUCCAGGCAUGUUUAAGUCAGUUUGUAGGGCUCUCAGAAAAAGCUGCAGUGUGUUUCUGUGCCAACAGGCGUUUGCCUUUGUUAGUUUUUUUCUGGGAUUUAACAGCUUACUCUGAUGGGAAAAACGUUUAAUCUUAUCUUUAUUAUACUUGCACUAUUUUUUAAAUCAAAGCACAAUUUCUCAUAUGAGUCAUAAAAUGAAUACUUGGUUCCUCUGACUGGUAUAAAGGACAGUGGCAUGUCACUGUCUAAUACAUACAAUGCAACUAUAAAGACUUUAUGAACAACUUUAUUUAAAUUAAGUUGUUGUAAAUAUUGGUUUUAAAUGAUUUGGUGAUGUCUCUUUAAUGAUUAUUUUUAUACUCUGAACUCUUGAUUAGAUUGUGUUUUAUCUUUCUGGUACACAGCACUUUAUACACCCUGUCUACAUAAUGUGAUCAACAGGUUGUGAACAUUUCUUGCCACUCUUGUAAAAACUACUGUAAGUAAAAACUGUCACUGAUUAACAACCGCUGUGCAUUUUUCUACCUUUUAGCCGUAACGUGGGAGGAAUCUCAGAGAUCAGUCAGUGUCUGUUUUCCUCAUAAGGCAUGAAACUGUUUUUCACAGUGCAGAUUUGUAACCCAGAAUGUCCCUCUGCAUCAUGAACCUUCAUCACACUGCUGCAGCUGAAGUGGUGACAUAAAGCCCACUGCGCUGUCCUGCAGCAAACAUGGCAGCAACACAAGAUUAGACAGCUUAAACUCUGGCUAUAUGGUGGAACAGCCAUCAUAAUCUUUAACAUUUUAAUAACUAUAAUACCCUUUAUCUGUAAAGAACUUUAAAUAAUCUGAGUUAAAACGGGAUUCACAAAGGCAGCAAAACAUUAUCAAGCAAUGAAAGAAAAUAAUUCCAAAAUUAUACAACUUUAAAGAAACAAACAGUCCAGAGCAUUUUAAAAGGCAAAAUAGUGCAAAUU